AAUUACCAUUGAAUCGAAUGAAGUAAAAUGUCCCAACACAACUACGACUUCAACGACAAACUGAAUUUCCUCGGAGAAUGGUUCGAUUACGACACGGCUUACCAAAAAAAAUUCAUCAUCAGCUUCUACCCUUACGACAACACAAUAGAAAUAUACGACAAAGAAGCCAGAAAAAUGUACUUAAAACGAACCAAAUCCGAUGAAAUAUGCAUGGAAGACAUGUUCGUAGGAAACACCGUCAGAAUAUAUAGCCGACAAAUCAAACUCACGGGUUACGGGGACUGUUUCACGCAAAAAUACAUCGGGAAGAUGCGCGAAAAAACUCUGGCCAUCCUAAAACCCACAGUCAUCGAUAAAUUAGGAAAAAUCAUCAAUAUUAUUCAAGAAAACAAUUUCCACAUAUCAAAAUUACGAAUGUGCCAUUUAACCACCAAAGAAGCCCUAGAUUUUUACGCCAAAAUAAAAGGAGACACCGUCUUACCUUUCAUAUUAGAAGUUAUCGUAUCCGGACCGAUCGUGGCGUUGGAAUUAGUUGGAGAAAACGCCGUACAAAGAUGGCAGGAUCUCAUGGGUCCGGAUAACCCCGUGGAAGCCAGGAAAACAUCCCCAAAUAGUCUGAGAGCUAUAUACGGUCAAGACAGUCGUCCAACGAACGGUUUCCACGGCUCUAACACCGUCGAAGACGGUAUCACCGAAUCGGAUUUCUUCUUUUCAAAUCAGGAUGUGACGCCCACUUCCAUCGUCACGUUGGAGAACAGCACGUGUUGCGUUAUCAAACCCCACGCUAUACAAGAAGGAAAACUAGGAAAUAUCAUUACUUCGAUAAUGGAAUCGCAUUUUUUAAUAACAGGUGCCGUUAUGUUAUAUUUGAGUAAAGCUAACGCUGAUGAAUUUUUGGAGGUUUAUAAAGGGGUAGUUAGCGAUUAUAACGCUUUGUUGUUGAGUUUUUUGGAUGGUCCGUGCGUGGUAUUGGGAAUAUCCGGUAAAAAUAACGAAAUGAACGUUCACGAGGAGUUUAGGAGGUUCGCUGGGCCUUCCGACGCCGAUAUAGCCAAGCAGAUUCGUCCGAAUUCGUUGAGGGCGAAAUACGGUUGCGAUAAAUAUAAAAACGCCGUACAUUGUACCGAUUUACCGGAAGAUACCGUUAUUGAACUCGAAUAUAUUUUCAAAGUACUCAAGGAUUAUUAAUUCGGGACAUUUUUUUAUAUUUAUAGAAUUUGUACACGUUUUUUUUUUCCAAUAUAUAUUUUUCUUUUU